ACUCUUUUAUAUUUUAUGACCUAAAUCCUAUUGCAUGUGGCUUAAAUAGGAAUGGAAGUCCCUUCAGACCUUCCUGCCCGGCGGUAGGUGGCUGAAAGCGGUUGGAGAGAGUAUCAGCCGAGUAGCGAGGCUGCGAGUGGCGGUCAUAGACAAGAAGAGUCUGACGAAGGUGGUUCGAGCAAACUUCUGAAACAAUCAUACACACUAAUGGGUACCGAGCAUUCUGCUUCUUCCACCCUUCCAUGGAUUUGGGUGAUUGAAGCCUUAGCAAAAGUGAAGGAAAUUGAUAUGUCUGUAUUAACUGAUUUAGUUGCGAAGACACCUGAAAUAACUGAUGAUGUAGGAAAAGAUGCUAGAAACAUCCUUCUUUUGAAAAGCUUAGAAGAUUUUCAGGUACAACAGCGUGGAAAUCUUAAUGCUCCUUUCACUGGUCCAAUUCCUAACAUUGAAAUCGAUCGAUUAACGGAUCAUGAAGAUAUUCGUCAAAUUUUGCUACAUAAGUUCUCUGUGUUUACUGUGAAAAAGGAGGGAUCAGAUUUGAACUCUGAUAUUCAGACCCUUAUUCAGAAUAAAAGACGCAGUUUGCCUAACUGUGCUUUAGAACGGAUAAAAAAUGUAAUUCGGGAAGGUCAUCCAAUCCUUGAAUCCUUGAAGAAGAGCAGUAGAUUGUCAAAGAGUGAUCUAUCAGAAAACAAAACAUCUCUUAAUGGUUCAUUAAAUAAUCAUGAAGCUUGGAGCAAUGCAGUUCCACUCAAAGUUAAACAAAGAGUCCAUAGUGGCCAAGUUAUUUCAAUGCAAGGAAACCUGGCUUUAUGUCAAUCUUCAUAUUCUAAUCAGAGCCUCCAAGAUCCAAUACAGAUAAACCAUGUUUCCUCUAUGUGCAAAAGGAUUGAUCCAACAUCAAAAGAUAAAUUUCCAGAACACCUCAAUGAUGGAAAUAGUCCUAAGGAUGAGAGUGAUUCCCAUUUACAUAUUCCCAAGAAGGCUAAACAUGCUGCUAGCAUGAAAAAUGAACCCACCUUAUUAUCUACAAUUGCUUCAAUUGAACUGUCAGAGAAUUUGGUUGAGACAGAUUCUAAAACAACAGUUGUAUCCAAAGUUGAUAAAUUGGAUAAACUGAGGUCUAAGGAAGAUAUCCAUGAUCAUGGUUCUGGAAAGAACAUAUUUUCGAAGAAAGAAAACAAUGAUUGUCCAAUAGGACCAUCAGUUUGUUCUCUCCGUGACAGAACCAAAAUGGAAUGUGUUGAUGAUGGAGAAACUGAGGGCGAUAGUGAUGGCUUUGAUGAUGAGAAGAUUGAUAUUGAGAUGGAAAAACAAAGAUUCCUGAAAUGGCAGUGCACAUUUAGUGAAGAUACUUUUUCAACAACUCAAAAGACAGAGUUUAAUCUCUGUAUAAAGUGUAACAGAGAUGGUCAGUUGCUGAUUUGCAGUACAAGAACCUGUACACUCGGGGCCCACCCAAGUUGCUUAGGUUAUGAUGCGCUCUCUGAUGAUUGUAGACACUUUUAUUGUCCAUUUUGUUCACAUUCCAAUGCCAUUUCUGAGCAUCUUGAAGCAAAGAAAAAGUUAUCUUUAGCAAGGAAAGGUCUGAUUGAUUACUUGAGUUUUAAGAAUGAAUCUCAGCCAAAAAGAAAUUCAAAAAGAUAUGAUUUGGAGGGAAAAGAUCAGUAUACUCAUAAUAAGCGACAAUGUGGUUCUAAGAAGCAUGGGCAACAAAAGGAACCUUUCGAAUCAUGUCUUGAUCGCAAUCAGCUAUCUGAAGAAGGCAGAAUGACAUCUUGUGGAUCAUUUGGUGUAAUGGUUGCCCCUAUAGAGGAGGCACAUGUUGGGUCUGAGUGUGAAACUGAACAUAACCUGAGAGGUGAACAGAUUACUAAGAAGGAUUAUUAUCAGCAAGCACAUAGUAAUUUAUGCAGAGAGCUGGUGGUUUAUGUUGAACAAGAAAAGGAACAAUAUUAAUCCCCUGGUAAAAAUAAAAAAGCAUUUAUCCUUCAAUUCCACUAUCAAGAUGUAGAAUGGAUCCUUGGGCAACUUGCGAAGAAGAAAUGUUAAAGCUCCUCUCCGCAUAUAUUCUGCAGAUUGUUUUCCCAUCUUGGCAAUUCAGCGGCUGUCAUUACACUCCACGACGCCACUAUGCACAUCACCACAUAUAUUCAAGUGUUGUGCCACUAGAAGAUUUUUGCUCCGUCAUGGUAAUCCAGCAACUGUCAUUCUACACACUUUCCACAUCUCAAACUAUGCAGAUCUUUUGACUUUGUCUUACUUUUCGGUGUUUGUCUCUAAAUCCAUCUUUUUGUUGAAUCAAGAUCUUCGUGGCCUCCUCAUUUUGGCUGUAUUUUUUUGCCUAGUUUGAACUUCAAGUGGUUGAGUUGUGUCUUUCAACAAAUAUUCUCUAUUUAAUUAGUCUAUUUUAUUUUCUUAUGAA